AUGACCUCUCAAACCUCCAAAAUCUCUCCCUUCACAAACGCGGUCAUCACAGCUGUUCGACAGUUGUAUCCCGAAGUCCUAGCAGACAAAUCUUUUGAUAAUACCGGUUUAUUGCUGGAAGCGCCGCACCGAGAUCAUUUGAAGAAAUCGGUGCUGCUGACGGUUGACUUGACGACGGCGGUGGCGGACGAGGCUAUUAAGAGGGGGGAUUCGAUCGUGAUUGCGUAUCAUCCAAUCAUAUUCCGCGGUCUCAAAUCACUCACCCAGAGCAACACCCAAACAAACACCCUCCUCCGUCUCGCCCAAGAAGGCAUCUCAGUAUACUGUCCCCACACAGCAGUAGAUGCCGCUCCAGGCGGACUAAAUGACUGGUUAUGUGAUAUUUUCUCCAGUCUUGGACCAAGCGAGCGCACAAACAUAACACCCCACCCCUCACCACCCUCAACUAUGUCCACAGCAGGCUACGGUCGUAUCCUGCGCUUCUCCACCCCGCAACCCCUCAACACCUUGAUCAAAGCCAUAACAACCUCCCUUAACAUUCCCUACCUGUCCGUAGCGACACCGCAAUCACUCUCCUCAAACUCUGCACGCGCUCACCCAAUAUCUUCAAUCGGCAUUUGCGCCGGCUCCGGCGGUUCCAUGCUCAAUGGCCUUGAUGUUGAUUUGCUAUUCACGGGUGAGCUGUCGCAUCACGAAGCGCUGGCCGCGAUUGAGAUGGGGAAGUGUGUGAUUACUGCGUUUCAUAGUAAUACUGAGAGAGCGUUUUUGGGGGACAGAAUGAAAGGGUUGUUGGAGAAGGAGGUUACUGGGGUAAUUGCAGGGUUGAGACAGAAGGGGACGUGGAAGGUGGAUGAAGGUUUUGAGGUUGGUGUUAGUGAGGCUGAUAGGGAUCCUUUUUAUGUCGUUGGGAGGGGGGUUGAGGGGUGGUGA